UGAAUGCCAUCAACUCAGUACAUAUUUAUUAUCUUAUAUUUUUUUAAUUAAUGCAAUAUAUUUAUAAAUCAACAGAUACUCAUUUUUUUCAAUAUUAUGUUAGGUUUUAUGAUAUGAUAUAAUUAAAUAUUUUUAUUGACAAAUGUAUUAAUAUAAUACCAAUAUACCCUAUGUUCUCUACAUGAAUAAAAAGUAAAGAAAGAUGACAAUACAUUAAGAGACCAAUUUUCUUUGUAAGUUCAUACUUAUUACAAUAAUCUGUAUUGUACAUUCAAUAAAAAUUUUAUAUAUUUAGUAAAUAUUCAACCGAAAUUAAAACUUUUAUGUUUCCUCCUGAUUUUCGUUCAAGUAACUUUCUGUAACAUCCCUUGAAAUAACUCUUUACUUUUCUAAUAGUAAAAUUAUAAUAAAAAAUAUAUCGGGUGUAAAAAAAAUGUGUAAAUGGUAACAAAUGGUAAAACAAGUAGUCUCAUAGUUAUAGAUCAUUAAUUUCAAGAUCAAAUCUAAUUUUGCGGUAUAUCUUUUAGAUAGAUCAUUAUUGAUCCAGAAGUGUAAAAUCAUGUGUAUAAUUCAUUUCUUACGAUGUAGAGUGCGUUGAAAUAUAUUUUUCUAAAAUGUACGGCAUGCUUCAAUCUAAUUUUGUAUUCUAUGACAGUUUUGAGCAUGUGUAUUAUAUUUUCCUGUAAACAAAUGUAUUACCGGCGUUAUGAAUAUUGGUUAAUUAAUAACCAUUAAACACUAAAAACAUUAAUCAUUAAGAAUGUAUAAAAAAUAUUUAAAAAAACUAAAAACUUGUUUUAUUUUCUAUACGUAUUGCAAUGUAAACUAAUUAUGUAUUUUCAUAGCCUAACAUGUUGACUGUAGAACUUAUUUUGGUUAACUUUUCGUUUACGCUACGUGGAAUAAUUUCCAUCGAUUGUGUUAUUUUCCAUCAAAGUGAAAAGUGGAAGAAAGAACAGUAAUAUAAUAAAUUUUACCAGAAAACUGCUCAUGCUAUCUAUAUAAAAGAUAUUUAAAAUGGAGAAGCAGAGUAUUUUAACAUCGAAGUCAUAUCAACGUGCUAAAACAAACUUGCAAGAUAAAUUAAAAUUAGCAUUUUUGAAACAUUACCCUCAUUAUUUAGUACCUGGAUAUAAUUUACAUAGCACUUUCUCUGCAGCUGAUUCUGAGUUGGAAAAUGUUAUAGAACGGUACCAAGAAUAUCCUUAUCAUUGUGACUUACCAAAGCCUUUACUACCACCUGCUAAAGUUCCUAGGAAUAUGUUGAAUGAAGAAGAUCCCGCAUUAGAAUUAGUUACUCUUAAGAAUUAUGUGAACAGUGAUAUAGAAAGAAUGAAACACUAUUAUUUAAAACAUGAGAAAGAGUUAAAACUAAUACAUAAGAAGGACAUAAAAUGGAAUCAUACGAAAGGUGAAAUUACUGCCAAGAUACCUAAAUAUGUAGCAGAUAUAGCAAAAAUUAUUGACAAAGAUCCCGAUCCUUAUUUUGAAGGAGUCUAUAAUUGGUAUUAUACUGGAGGAUCAAUAGACUGUGUACAAUUAUAUAAUAAAAAUAUUUUACUUUUUCCAUUUAUGGGAGAAUUAGGUAUUGUAAGUGUUCCCCUUGACAAUAUAGAAGAUUUUUUAUGGAAACCACUCUUCGAAAAGGCAGCUAAAUGUGAACUCAGUGGUACAUUAUAUGAAUUAAAACAUAACGUCAAUGUUGAUGCAUGUAUGUUUUUAGGUAGAUAUAAACGGCAUUGUAAUUUUUAUACAUUAUCUGAACGUGAUAAUAAAUGUAAGCUUACUGAAAUACAUACACAAACAUCGAAGACACCAUAUAUUGGUGCAGAUUUAAGUCCUAUUAAUGCAAAUCAAUAUUGUUUAGUAAAUGUUGAAAGAUGUGUAACAUUAUGGGAUAUAGUUAAAAUGAAACCAAUAAAUUGUAAUACUGUAAUGCAAGCCACUGUGUUAGAUGAUUCAUGGAGCAGUAUAAAAUUUCAGUCCGCAGAUCCUAAUAUUCUUUUACUUGUAGAUAGAUGCUGUCUUCAUUAUCUUGAUGUUCGGGUUCCAUUUGAUCAACCAGCAUUAACAAUGUGCCCAAAAUUUUAUUUGGAAAAAUGUGAACAUCUUUCAAUAGAUGUUGCUAGUAGAAAUAAUUUUUGCAGGUAUAUAGGAACUUAUCAUAGUAUGUUAAUGUGUGAUAGUCGUUCUCCGCAGCAGUGUGUGCAACAGAAAUGGACUCAUCAAUUUAAAAGUCCACCACUUACAAGUUCUGUCAUAGCUAGAGACGAUAAAGAAUUUGUUGUUUUAUCCAGUCAAAUUGCUGGUGAAACUACAGUCAUUGUAAAUACUUGGACAGAUAAUGAAAUUCCACAAUCAUAUAAUUUUCCAUAUACUCCUCCUCACAUUAAAGAAACAUUAAAUGAAUCUCAAAUGCAAGGAAUGUGCUUAAAUCCAUAUUUGAGAGAUAGGUUUGAACUAUCCAAUACUGGUUCUUCUCUGAUAAAAAAUGACACUCAGAAUAUAUUUCUAUUUCUUCAAAAUUCUAUUGGUGACAUAUAUUAUCAGUGCUUAACACAUGAUAUUGCGUUAGAUAAAUAUUCACCUAUCAAUGGUAAAUCAUACUGUAUAUUGAAUGCUUGGCAAAAUGCAGUAUCCAUAGAAACAGAUGCUAUAGCACCUCUUACAAUGUCUAGCAAGUCAAAUAUGCAUUAUUCUUUUAAAAGUUUCACGAAUAAAAAGUUACGAUUGGAGCAUAAGCAUGACUCAGUUGACUGUUUUGAACCAAGUUGGAAGCAAUCUCUUGAAAAAUUAAACACCUAUAUGGAUAUAUUAGCACCUGAACUUUUAGCUGUGUGGGAAAUAUAUGAAGAAGUCCCAUUGCCUUUAACAGCAGCACCUCAUCAAAAAGUUCUAAACUGGUUAGAAUCUGCAGAUACAAAGGCACCAAUUUUAUCACAAGAAGAAAUAGAGAAUGUAUCUACUCCAAUUAAUACUCAAGAAUUAAUAAGUGUAUCUCAAGAAGUAGAUAUAAGUUAUUUGGAUGACAGUAAUGCAUUACAAGAUCUUUUACCAAAAGUUAAAACUACACGUUCUACAAAAAGGGGAAGUGUACGAAAAAGACAAAGAGUGUAAAAUAUUUUAAAAUAUGUAUUUAUGUAAUUGCAAUAUCUGAUACUUAUUUUUAUAUAUAUAUAUAUAUAUAAAAUUACUUUAAAAUUAUUUUUUAUAAUAAAACAAAAUAUUUCGACAUA